ACUCGCCCAGAUCCCUGUCACGCACUCGCUCGGCUAGCCCGUCUCUUGCAAGGGAUAAAUUCAUCAGAGGAACUCCAGAACCCCCUGGGCCGCUGCAUCAGAUAUAGCUGCCAACUCCAUAGCGAACCGAGAGGAACCUCUUUUUCUCUCUCCACCAUGGAGGUCUCCGUGUCCUCCUGCUUGUCUGGUGAGCCCCGUUUCUUCUCCCACCGAGGAAUAUGCAGGCCAAGGAUGAGCGCUAAGGCCCUAGCUUCCGCUUCUCCCAAACCAUCCUCUUUCUCCACCAGUUUCGUUGCUUCUCCCCCAAACGGAAGCGUUAUGAGCGAGUUUUCGGGCUACAAGAUUCGACCACAAUCGCUAAAUCCGUCCUUCGUUCCUUCACGCGGUAGAAGAGGAGUUAUCACUAUGGUUAUUCCUUUCCAGAGAGGAAGUGCUUGGGAGCAACCACCACCUGAUCUGGCCUCCUAUUUGUACAAAAAUCGGAUUGUGUACUUGGGCAUGUCACUUGUUCCUUCUGUGACAGAGUUGAUGCUUGCUGAGUUUUUAUACCUUCAGUAUGAAGAUGCCGAGAAACCAAUAUAUCUGUAUAUAAACUCCACUGGCACAACAAAGGGAGGAGAAAAGAUGGGCUAUGAAACAGAGGCAUUUGCAAUCUAUGAUGUUAUGAGCUAUAUCAAAACACCCAUUUUUACCCUAUGUGUUGGCAAUGCUUGGGGAGAGGCAGCAUUACUUUUGGCAGCUGGUGCAAAAGGAAAUCGUGCUGCCUUACCAUCAUCUACGAUAAUGAUAAAGCAGCCUAUUGCAAGGUUUCAAGGUCAAGCUACUGAUAUUGAUCUUGCCAGGAAAGAAAUAAAAAAUGUGAAGGAUGAAUUGGUCACUCUUUAUGCAAGACAUAUAGGCAAAUCUCGAGAGCAGAUCGAGGAGGAUAUAAGGCGCCCAAAGUAUUUCAGCCCAAGCGAGGCAGUUGAAUAUGGAAUCAUAGACAAGGUACUCUACAAUGAAAGAGGGAGUGAGGAUCGCAGUGUUGUUGCUGAUCUAAGAAAAGCGCAGCUUAUAUGAAGAAGUUGAAUUCUCUUAAUUAACUGUAAUCACUUUAACCAUUAAAUGGUGCCAUGUUAUGAUAGAAAUCUUUCCAUUCUUCAAAUGUUAAGAAAUGUCAAAGGCCUACAUUUGAUGAAUCUGCAAGUUCUCAUGUUGUGUUUUGACUA